AUGACAAGUUAUCUCCCUGUUGAGAAUGGCACACGGUCGUUUUGGCUGAGUGCCGAGACAGAGUUUGGCUCUACAAGGACGACACAGGACCUUCCCUCAGAAGUUGACGUGCUGAUCAUUGGUGGUGGUUAUUCAGGAGCCACCACAGCGUACUAUUUGCUGGAAGGAAAAAACCGGCCAGAGUCCGUUCUCCUGCUUGAAGCCAGAACUUUGUGUUCUGGGGCCACUGGCCGAAACGGCGGCCAUUUCAAGCCCAGCUUUUACAGCUCCUCAAUUGCCCACACCGAAAAGUACGGCCAGAAAGCUUGUGCCGAUAUCACUAAUUUCGAAAUGGCACAUUUAAAGGAGUUGAGAGAGGUGCUCGAAAAAGAGAAGGUUGACUGCGAGUACAUUGUCACCAGAGGCUGCGACGUGUACACGUCCGAAAAGGGCGCCCAGAGGGCAAUUGCAAAUUUCCACCACAUGAUGGAAAAUCCGUACGUUGAAAAUAAACACGAGUUCCAGCUGCAUGUCGGCGACCGUGCAAGAAUUCUCUCGAAAAUGCCCGAGGCUCGGGCCUGUGUGACAGGGCCUGCGGGCCAGAUGUGGCCGUACAAGCUGAUGGUUGCAUUACUAGGAAUAUGUGCCACCAAAGGACUCAACAUCCAAACCAACACCCCUGUGUUGAGCACUGAAAAGCAAAAGAAUGGAAGAUACUUGGUGCACACCAAAAGAGGCGACGUCGUUGCCAAGUCUCUUGUCAUUGCCACCAACGCGUACACUGCGUCCGUCGAGCCUUGUUUUGAGAACAAGAUUGUCCCCAUCAAGGGCAUUUGCAGCCACAUCGUCUCGUCCGGAACCCAUCCUCCGGCCCAUCUUACAAAUUCCUACGGACUCCUUCUUCCUCAGAACAGUGACUACCUAAUAAACCGGCCAGACGGCUCCCUUAUCCUGGGCGGCGCCAAAGAACAUCUUUUUCCGUACAAAGAGCGCUUCUACAACGUUGUGGACGAUAGCACGCUGGUCCCAGGUGCUGAAAGCUACUUUGAAGGAUACAUGGAGAAAAACUUUUACAGCUGGCAGAACUCCAAGUCGGCGGUUGCCAAGGUCUGGAGCGGUAUAAUGGGCUACGCCAAUGACGGUCUGCCGUAUGUGGGUGAGCUCGAGGAGAACAAAUUUAUCCUGGCCGGAUUUGGUGGCCACGGAAUGCCCCGGAUUCUCCUUUGUGCAAAGGCCGUUGCCAAGUACAUCAAAGGCGAGUCCAGCGAGUUCGAGGUUCCCCGUCCAUUUUUGGUUACUCCUGACAGAAUGGCCCGGACAGAAAACGGCGUUCUUGCGUCUCUACAAGCUGUUGUUGAAAAAUAA